AUGAACGAUGUUGGUAAAUUGCCUUUAAAGCGAGUUGAAUUAUCCUUGACAAAGUUUAAUGAAGUUGCGAUACCUCAUCAUCUGGAUUUACUGAGACAACAUAAGGCAAACAUUAUCAAGUAUGGAGAGAGCGGCGAGACGGCGCGGGUGCGCGCGGAGCAGACGCAUGCCCGUCGAGUGGCCGGGCAGCUGCGGGUGCUGCUGGGAGAGCUGGAUGCACUGCGGAGACAGGUGCGUGAGGAAGACUGGGCGCGUUUCGACCAGCUGACGCGUCGCUCCAGAGAUCUAACGCUGCGCUCCAUCGUGGAUUACUUUGGUGUGAUAGAGCGCAGUUGUAGGGGCUUGGUGGGUGCGGGCCGCGAGACGGCGCGUUGGCGCGAGUCGUCGCCGGUGGCGAUGCGCCGUCGGGAGGAGGGCGAGGGCGAGGGCGAGGGCCAGGGCGCGGUGAGCGGCAGCGCCCGCUCCACCGAGUCGGUGGGCGUGGUGGCGCACUCGCAGCGCGGCCAGCUGCAGCUGCGCCACGACGACCAGGAGCUGCAGCUGCGCGAGCGAGAGGCGGUGCUGCGCGGCUGGGAGGAGCUGCAGGCCGAGGUGCGCGCCCUGCACGAGGCCUGGGCACUGGUGCAUCGGGCCGCCACCCACCACAAGGAACAGGUGUGCUCGGUGGAGGCGCGCGCGGAGGAGGCGGCCGAGAACGUGCGCGAGGCGCGAGGCAGCCUGCGCGUGGCCGAGAGGCUGGGCGCGUGGGGCGCGUGGGCGCUGGGCGCGGGCGGCGCGGCGGCGGGCGCGGCGUGCGCGGGCCCGCUGGGGCUGCUGGCCGGCGCCAAGGCGGGCGCCGCCGCCGCGCUCGCCGGCGCCGCGCUCGGCGUGGCCGCCACGCGCGCGCUCGCCGCCGCGCCUGCCACUCCGCCCGCCGCUGCCACCCCUGCCACCCCUGCCACCGCUGCCACCGCUGCCACACCCGCCGCCGACAACACCGACGGCACCGCCCUGCGCAAGAAACUGCAA